GGCAGUAAUAGUUUUACUCAUGAGAUCAUAAUUCAUAAACCCUUGUCAACCCUAAGCAAACGAAUGAAUUCAUCAGCUACACUUGCUCGGUUCUAAUUCUAGCGAUUCCCGUCAGCAAUGUCGGAAGUGAUUAUUGUUUGAUGCUAGGGUUUUGAUCAUUCCCCAUUGUUUAGCUUCAUUGAGGUUAUUCUUUGCUAUGGCUUGCCGUCAGAUGUUAACUAAACAAGACACUCUCUUGCGGAGAUGGUACCACCCUUUGUUGAGCCACAUUGUUCAUCAUGGUCAUGAAGCGAUGAGAAAUUUCCAAUCGCCGUGUCUAAGUCAACCUGGAUAUGGAAUUAGCGAUAUUGUUAUGUCACAGAUUCAUACUAGAAACAGCAUUGGUGGUAAUGGGGGUUUCGGAUCACUUUGUGGGCAGAAUAAAAGUUUGCCUGCCUUCCUUUUCCCAGCAGCAGCAGCAGGGGUUGGACCGUCAUUGUCUAGAUAUAUGUCAAGUGCAACUGGAGAAGGCUCUGACAAAGUUGACAAUCUUGGUGACAUUGCCCACAUUUUUACCGAUAAAACUGUGGAAGCAGUUUCUUCAGCAACUCCUGCCGUUAAUGAGGUGGCUGUUGCAGCUGCUGAUUCUGCCUUCCCAGUUGCUGCACUUCAACACUUGAUUGAUGCUGUUCAUUCAUUUACUGGAUUAAAUUGGUGGGCAGCUAUUGCUGUAACUACUAUUUUAAUUCGAGGAGCAACAUUGCCUUUACUCAUCAGUCAACUCAAAGCUACUUAUAAACUCAAUUUGAUAAGACCACGGUUGGAGGAGAUAAAACAGACGGUGCAAGCUUCGGGUAUGGAUCCUGUUGCUGUUGCUGAAGGCCAAAAGGAAAUGAAUGCUUUGCUAAAACAAUAUGGAGUUAGCCCUCUCACUCCGUUGAAAGGACUUCUAAUUCAAGGCCCAAUCUUCGUCAGCUUUUUCUUAGCUAUCUCAAACAUGGUUGAGAAGGUUCCAUCAAUGAAAUCUGGUGGAGCGCUCUGGUUCACAGAUCUCACUACUCCAGAUAGUUUGUUUAUUUUUCCAGUUCUAGCAUCACUAUCAUUCUUGGUCCUUGUAGAGUACAACAUGCAAGAAGGCUUUGAAGGUAAUCCUAACUCUGAUAAAAUGAAGAAGGUCUCAAGGAUCUUUGCUAUUCUUGCAGUGCCAUUUACAAUGGGUUUUCCUAAGGCACUCUUUUGUUAUUGGAUAACCUCCAACCUGUUUUCAAUGUCAUAUGGAUUAGCUAUUAGGCAUCCAGAAGUGAGAAAGUUCUUGGAUCUAACCGGAGCACCCUUAUCUCCACCUAGUACACCCACAUCACAGUCCCAGUCAGAGUUACCAUCAGUUUCAGCAACCCAACAACAAAACACUCCAUCGGAAUCUAAGCCGCCGUCUGAGUCAUCAAAAGUUGCUGACAGAAGGACAUCUUCACAUGCAAUUAUGAAACAAAGGAUCAGAUAUCUUGAAGAAAAACUAAAGGGAAAUAAGGGAAGGAAGAAAAAGAAGCAGUAGUAAAUUGUACCCUAUUAUGCUACCGAAGCCUCCAUUGUUUUUGUUGUCAGGUUUUUCAUUCUAUCAGAAUCUAAUUGAAUAUCUUUGUAAGCAACAUUACAGCGCAACAUUGUCGUUGAAGCCAUUGCUCUAAUUCCAUGUUAAGAACGUGUAUGAUAGGCUUAAUCAAUUUUGUACCUUGAUUCUUACUUCUAUAUACUCCUGUUUUCUUCACCUCCCUGCCGCCUCCUCUCUCUCUUUUGCUUGUAGAUUUUUUUGACUUUGCCCCAGUAAAAAGGUUAAUUGAAAGAUUUGUUGUAUUAUAGUAUAGUGAGCUACCAUGUUUGUAUUAGAUUCCUGCUCCACCUUUUUGAAUUAUGUGAUGUAUAAUAAUAAGGGUAAUGUUAUACGUAGUCGUAAGGAUAAAACACUUGUAAUUAAAGGAAACUGCAGAGAUUAUGUUUGUAUGCUGUAUAGAUAUAAGUUUUGAAUGAUUGAAGACUAAAUAACAGACUAUUUAUGCUAAUGUGAUGUACAAUAUGUUUUUUUUUUUCGGUAUUCUUUAAUUGCGAUUGUUUAAUAAUUCAUUUCCUUCAUAAGAGAUUGUGGGCUGAUGCUUGUUAAAAACUUAACUUCUACGAUGGUUAGAAUACGACAGGUUACAGAAAACAGUUCACUAAGAAUGAUUUAUUGGAAGUUAUAUUAUUUUAUUGGUUGUUUAAAGUAGUUGAUCUAACCUACCACCCACCUCCAAUCACAGAGAAAUAGA